UAAAAAACAGGUAACAACAGAUAAAAAUUUAAAUUUUGCAAAAAUUUUGUUGCUAAUUGCUCUUCCUCGUGCGUCUAGUAAUGGACUAUCAGCUACAACCUGUCACUUCCAUAAGAGUUUCUUAGGCAUGCGUUUACUAUAUCAAGCCUAACGUCAGAUAUUGAUUAGUAAAACCUCAAGUCCAGUAUAAAACAGUUAUUUGAAAGAAAUCAUAUUUUCUUCCUCUCAUAUUGACAUAUGUCUAUCCGACAGAAUAUAUCUUGUCAAAAAAUUCACGUUAUAACCGGUGAAACCGAACUCCUAUUAAAUGAGCACCAAAUGUUCUUCUGCCGAAUCUCCUAACCACAAGGUUUUGAAAACCGUUGGAUACCGUUUGGGUAAAACCAUAGGUAGAGGAACUUAUAGUAAAGUGUGCAUUGCUGUGAACGAUAAAGGGCGCAAGUACGCCUGUAAAAUAAUCAAAAAGAAAAUGGCCGGAGAGGAUUUUAUCGAAAAAUUUCUACCCAGGGAAUUGGAAAUUAUAUCUGAUCUAAAACAUCCGAACAUAAUACAGGUUUACAAAAUACUGGAAUCGAACGACGUUAUAUACAUGCUGAUGGAUUAUUGCCAGUUGGGUGAUUUACUAGAAUAUAUUAGAGAUUACGGAGCGUUCUCCGAAGAAAAAUCUAAAUUCUACUUCAAGCAAGUCGUAGAUGCCGUUAGCUACCUCCACAAUCUGGAUAUAGCGCACAGGGACCUGAAAUGCGAAAACAUAUUCAUCAUGUGGAACGACCAGAUAAAGUUGGGCGACUUUGGUUUCGCCCGCUGGUGUAAAAACAGAAAUGGAAAAAUGGUUUUGUCGGAUACAUUUUGCGGAUCGGCUGCCUAUGCUGCACCAGAAAUUUUGAAAGGAAUAUCGUAUGACCCUAAAAUGUAUGACAUAUGGGCGUUAGGUUGUAUUUUGUACAUAAUGUUAACAGCGUCUAUGCCUUUCGAUGAUGUCGAUAUAAGAAAAAUGAUCAAGACUCAGCUGAACAAAACCAUUUUCGCUACAAUGUUGUUAUGGACUGAAUUUACAGUCUCAUUGAAAAAACUGUUAAAUGCUUUACUGGAGCCGGAUCUCAAUAAAAGACUUAAGAUAGAGGAUAUUAAGAAGCAUCAGUGGUUUCAAGAAGGUCCUCUAAGUAAAAUAAAACAACUUCUGUCAUUGUCAGACACGAUAUUAUUCUAAUUAGAGAAGUUACUGUGUAAUAUAUUAUUCGUAAAAUAAAAAAAGGAAAACGAUAUUUGGAUAUUUAAUAG